AUGUCAGGUCUUAAUAUUCCUAUUACCCGAGAACAAUUUAAUCAAUGGCGUACUAAAUGGAUUACAAUGUAUGAACAAUCUAAUUUAGAUAUUCCUUUGGAUAUUUAUGUUAGAAAAUAUGAAGAAUAUAUUAUUCCAUAUUAUUGGAUAGAUUCUAAAAAGGAACAAUUGCGGUCUAGAUUCCAAAAGCGACUUUUAGAAAUAGAAGCGUAA